UUCAUCUUUGGAAUGUCAAAGUUGGUAACAUUGACCAGAUUCUCUAUAAAUAGGAGAAAUCCACUUCCCUUCAUGCAUCACAAGCUCUCUUUACCAUCCUGAAUUCUGUCUGCUUUAUCCAUUCUGUCCUACAUGGCACUCUCUCUUUUGUGUACUGUUGUCCUUACCACCUUUCUUUUCAUGCAAACUAUGGCAGAUACUUCAUGCAGCGAUUGCUUUGUUCAAUCUCGUGCAUCAUUUUACCCAAACUCUGACGAAAAAGGCACGGAUGCUGGUGCAUGUGGAUUUGGGUCCUUUGGUGCUACCAUUAAUGGCGGAGAUGUAUCGGCUGCAUCUAGUCUUUAUCGAGAUGGAGUUGGCUGUGGCGCUUGUUACCAGGUGAGGUGUACCAACAGUGUUUAUUGCUCAGGCGACGGUGUCACUAUAGUUUUAACUGAUCAAGGCUCAGGUGAUAAUACUGAUUUCAUUCUUAGCCAACGAGCCUUUAGUAGGAUGGCUCAGAACAAGGAUGCAGCUGCUUCUCUAUUAGCUCUUGGUGUAGCUGAUAUUGAAUACAGACGUGUUUCAUGUAACUACCCAAAUAAAAACAUUACAAUUAAGAUCGAUGAAAGCAGCAGCAACCCUCAUUACUUGGCUUUUGUCUUAUGGUUUCAACAAGGAAGGAGAGACAUAACUGCUGUGCAGCUCUGUGAGACUCAGAAUUUUGUCUGCAAAUUACUGGAUCGGGAUCAUGGCGCUGUCUGGACUACUACAUCUCCGCCAAGUGGACCUUUGUCUUUAAGGAUGUUGUUUAGUACUGAAGAUGGAGACGAUACAUGGAUCGUUCCAGUUAAUAACAUACCAGAAGACUGGAAGGCUGGAGAAACAUAUGACUCAGGAGUACAAGUAGACCAGUAGAGAAGCACCAAAGAAAUUGUUUAUUUAUAUGCUAAUAUUAUUGCCCUGUUAUGAAAGAAAUAAAUGUUAGUAACAGGCCUCUAAUUAAGAUUAAUGCUGGCCUAAUCUGAUAGAUCUGUAACUGCCUAGAUUUCUGAAUGUUUAUGUCUGUAAGACUGUAACUGUUUCCGUCGGUCUGUCGUAACUUCACAUGGUGUGUCUAUUUAAAUAAAGUCGGGAAAUAGAAAUUUGGGUAUUGGGUUAGUUGUUUUAGUUUGGUGGUUAUGGGAGACGGCAGGCUCUUGGACAACCUGUAGUCUUUUGUAACAUUUAUGUUAUCAUGUCAAUUCAAUAUAAGUUCAUUUAUUCAAUUA